AUGGAGGAGAUCGAAAGAGAUAGAGAAAUUGUCAGGAGAAUGAAGAAGUUUGACAAAGAGGCGGUGGAGGCGGCAUGCAACGAAAGCCUGAAGAGCAAAAGGAUCAGCUACAUCCCGAAUCUUGUUUCGAUGGGUACUAUUGAGCCUGCGAAAAAGGAUGGGAAGUCUGGGGUAUUGAGCCUGAAGAUAAGAAACAUGAGCACCAGAAACAUCCUAUUUGCAGUUUCCGAGUCGUUCAGAAACAUCAACAAGAAGAUAAUCAAGAAGCUUGGAAGAAUCAAGGAGGAGCUUUCGAGAAGAGAAGAUCUCUUUGAAUGCAUAGUGGACCAUGUGGAAAGUAUGGACAGAAUAGAGGACGAGCUCUUUUCGUGGUAUCCCGGGCUGAAGACAUCCGACAUACUGAGUUUUUUUCUUGAGCUGAUGCCCGACUUUCUGGAGGCAUACAAGAAGUAUUUUGUAAGAUCUCUGGUUCUCCAGCAGCCUCCGAAGAAGAAGAUCCUGAAGGCCCUCAGGGACAGGCUCCACAAGAAUCUUCAAUGCUUCGACAUCAUUGAGAGGGAUCUUGAGCUUUUCGAGGAGUUCUCCUCGGCCAUUCUUCCGGGCGGCCGGAUCAUCACGUCCUCCUAUUGGUGCGAGGAUGAGGACAGGUGCGAGGAUGCAUUGAAGUUUUUCCCCCAGCUCGAGGACAGGAUGGCCCUAACCCCCGACGUGUGCAUAGAGCUAUUCCACCCGCUUUCGCAUGCGGAGAUCCAGAUAAACGGAAGAGACAUAGCGGUUUCGUUUGUUCAGCUCAACGACCUUCUAACAAGGAACAGCAGGUCCAUUGGGUUCUGGAUGAAGGAGGGGAUUGUCGACAAGGACUGGAGGUACCUGUGA